UUCAUUCGUUUUCAGUCGUACUAGUGUGUGAACGUUGUUGUAUUUCCAUUGCAUCGGUCGGCAUAGUUUAGUUGUUUCUCACGGUACUCUAUCGAGGGAAAAUACAUCGUGUGAACCGAAAACUGUUGGGCAGGAAGUGGCCUAUUAACGAAACAGAUCUGUUUCUGUGUGAAAAUUUCGGAAAUUUUUUUAAACUGGAAGAAUUCAUGACACAUAUUGUAAAAUGGUUGUGGACCAAAUUCAUGUGUAAAUAUCAAUGCUUGACGCAGUAACCAAGGGAAGCGAAUACGUCCAACAUUCACACUGUCAAAAUUCCGAUUUUAAAGGGAGAAGACUAAAAUACCGGUUUUUGAUAUAGAGGGUUUAAUCCUAAAGAGUUUGAUGGUACUCUGCAUAAUUCCAACCUUCAAAUUUCAUGGUACUAAAAUGGCAGUAGUUCAAUCAAAUUACAUUCAAAAUAUACCUUCUUUUGGAUGUGUAGACCAACCUGACAACGGCUCCAAAACAACAAGAGAAUCAUUAGUAGAAGUGUCUUCAUCACGUCCACGCCAAGAAGACUACUCAGUAUAUGAGAACAGACUGGCAUCUUUCACUAACUGGCCCAACACCCAAGUGUCAAGAGAAUCAUUAGCUCGAGCUGGUUUUAUAUAUACAGGUCAAGAUGACAUCGUUAUCUGCCCUAUUUGUAAGAUAGAGGGAUACCGUUGGGUAUCAGGAGACAAUCCAAUGGAUGAUCAUCGUGUUUGGAAUCCCAACUGCCCCUUUCUUAAUAGAAGAGAUAACAUCGAGCACGAUCACUCUGUAGGUUCUAGAGACACUUGUGGACUUUUUGGCAUAGAAUUGUUACCAAAUUCAGUUCCUGAAGAUAAUACAAGUAAUUUACAAAAAUUAGGGAUCCAACCUGGAACAGGUCCACAAAAUCAAGACAAAAUUACGUUAGAAAGCCGGUUAGCAACAUUCCAGGGUUGGCCAAAGAGCAUUAAACAGAGGCCUUCUGAGUUAGCUGAGGCGGGAUUUUAUUACACAGGAGCUGGGGACCAAACUGUGUGCUUUUAUUGUGGUGGGGGAUUAAAAGACUGGGAUGAAGGAGAUGAUCCUUGGGAGCAACAUGCCCUUUGGUUUAGCAAAUGUGUGUUUCUCAAUUUGAAAAAGGGCAAAGAAUUCAUCGAUCAAGUAAAGAGGAAGGCUGAUCCACAAUUUUCAAUUCCUGGACCUAGCGGUACUCAAGCCAAAGAGGAACCGACUGCUACUGAAUCUUCAAGUGAUAAACAAAGUGAAACAGUGAAAACAAAAUCAGAUAGGGAAAGUUUCGCAACUGACACAACUUUGUGCAAAAUUUGCUUUAAAAACGAACUUGGUGUUGUUUUCUUGCCUUGUGGACAUAUUGUUGCUUGUGUAGAUUGUGCUGCUGCACUAAAAACAUGUGCUGUAUGCCGAAAACCUUUAGAGGCCACAGUCAGAGCGUUCCUAUCAUAAAUUUUUAUUCUGUUAAUAGUUUUUCACAUUUCAUGUUUCACACAUACUUAGAUCUAGUCAAGAUUGUUAGAGUUUUGGCAAAGAAAUUAAAUAAAAAUUCUUUUCAUAAAAAUCAUUUCUUUAAUAUUACAUUAGAGAAAAAUUAUAUUUUUAUACUGAGUACAAAUUUGAACAAGUUAUUAAUUUUAAGUUACAAAAUACGCUUUUAUAGGUUAACAAUUAUCAAAGCGCUUAAAUCUAAUAGAUACUACACAACAUUAAGGACUGCAAACCAUAUCUUUCACGAAGUAAUCCCUACUAGUGACCAAUUGCUCGCUAGGAGCAGAUGCAAAUUACACAAAUUUACUAUAAAUCUGACAUUAAAACUUAGGUGUAUGUUUGUGUGUAUGUUAUGUAUUGAUCAUAAUAAUAUAGUAAUUUAUAAUAUU